AUGAGUGACUCUGUAACAUACCGAAGCAAGUAUUUAGAAGUACCACAAGAGCUUAGAAGCAGAAUCGUGAACAUAUACACGGCCAGCACAAAGUACAGAAGAAAAGCAAAGGAAAUGGAAAUUCCAUUGGUUGAGGAAAUUGAGUACAAAGGAAUUUCAAAUGAGCUGGAAAUGGUUGGAAUGCGAACAGAUGAAGUAAAAUGUAAAGUGCAGGAAAAACUAACACAUUUAGAGGACAUACGUGACUAUGUAAAAGAAGUGUGCUUAAAAGAAACAGAACAAAGAAAGGCAUAUAUAUCAGAUAUAAUAAAGACCGAGAUGAGGAGUGCAGAGGAGAACCUAGCUAUGCUUGAAGAGAGAAUGCGUGCACUCAUAGAAAGAAACAAGCCAAAUGUUCUUCAGUCAAUCCAGCUGGCAAUUAACAAACUGUCGCAGAAGAUAGAAAACAUCCAAAUUUAAAUAAAUAUAAUU